AUGGCCUCUAUCCUUCAGAAGCUCAUCACUCCCCUGUUCAGUGGGACCCCUGAGCCCGCCAGGAACAAGGUGACCGUGGUGGGGGUCGGCCAGGUGGGCAUGGCCUGUGCUGUCAGUAUCCUGCUCAGGGAGCUGGCUGAUGAGCUGGCCUUGGUGGAUGUGAUGGAGGACAAGUUGAAGGGAGAAAUGAUGGAUCUGCAGCAUGGCAGCCUCUUCCUCAAAACGCCCAAGAUAGUCGCCAGCAAAGACUACUCUGUGACGGCGAACUCUCGUAUCGUCGUGGUAACAGCGGGCGUUCGUCAGCAGGAGGGAGAGAGCAGGUUGAACCUGGUUCAGAGGAACGUCAACAUCUUCAAACACAUCAUCCCUCAGAUCAUAAAACACUCCCCCAAGUGCAUCAUCAUCGUGGUCUCCAACCCAGUUGAUGUGCUGACCUACGUGACCUGGAAGUUGAGCGGCCUUCCCAAGCACCGUGUCAUCGGCAGCGGCACCAACCUGGACUCUGCCCGUUUCCGUUACCUGAUGGCCGACAAACUGGGCAUCCAUGCUACCAGCUUUAACGGAUGGAUCCUGGGAGAACACGGAGACACCAGUGUCCCUGUGUGGAGCGGCACUAACGUAGCAGGCGUUAACCUGCAGACACUGAACCCUGACAUCGGUACUGAUGCUGACCAGGAGAACUGGAAGGAGACUCACAAACAGGUGGUUGACAGUGCCUAUGAGGUGAUCAAGUUGAAGGGCUAUACUAACUGGGCCAUUGGCCUGAGUGUAGCUGACCUCACUGAGAGCCUCAUCAGGAACAUGAACAGGAUCCACCCUGUCUCCACCAUGGUGAAGGGCAUGUACGGGAUCGAUGACGAGGUGUACUUGAGCCUGCCGUGCGUGCUGAAUGCUGGGGGCGUGGCCAGCGUGAUCAACAUGACCCUGACGGACGACGAGAUCGGCCAAAUAAAACAGAGCGCUGACACACUGUGGGACAUCCAGAAGGACCUGACUGAUGUGUAGCGACACUAACAGAACACCAAGGGGCGCCACAUUCCACUCAACCCCUAGGAUGUGUCCCAAUAAUAUCUCCUUUCUCCUCGUGUGCAUUCGUUCACUACUUCCCACAAAUCUAAAAUCAAGUGCACACUUUGGGAGAAAGGAGAGAUAAUUGGGACAUAGCCCCAACUCUCCUUAUCACCUAUUACUCAACAUAUGCCACUUAGCAGACGGACGCUUUUAUUUAAAGCGACUUACAGUACAGUGAGUGCAUAUAGUUCUAAUAUGUGUUUUUGAUCCGUGUGGGAAUUAAACCCACAGCUUUUGCAUUGCUAGCCUCGCUCUUAAAGAGCAACUGCCCCUAUAAAACAACUUCUCAUUUAUAAAACCGCCUAUGUGGCAAAUUUACUACAAAGUGUAAAUGGGAUAAUUUUUGGUCAUAAAGUCAGUCUCAUCCAAAAUGUUGUGAGACUUGUGGUCGUGACUGCAUCACAACGUAAAUGAAGGUUAGGUUUGUUUCAUUCCUGCCCACAGCUGGCAGCACUCAAUUAAUCAUCAAUUUGGGAGGUGAAGCUGCAAAUGAUCCAAUCUUACUGCCUAUGGUAAAUUUGGGUUUACUUUGGAUAUCCAUAUUGGGCUAGUUAGGGACCAUCAGUAAAUGACACAAUGUACAUGGGCCAAUAUGUUAAUUCCAAUAGCUAAAAAUGUCAAUGACUUAAAAACCUCAAACUAAUUAUAAUUGAAAUAAAUGUAUAUACAAAUAUUGAAUGCAUUUGAUGAGAAAACUAAAAGGUGUUCAACGUGAAAAUAUUGUCUUUUACAUUGUAAUUUGUUGACAGUCCAUAACUAGCCCCGGAGAUAGGCUAUCCAAAGAGAAACCAAUUUUGCCAUAGUCGCACACCAGCUGGCUGAAGCUAAUUGGCUAAAUAAUUUGACUAACUCUUCCCACCUGCAAACACACAAGACACCCACAUCAUACCAGACCCCGAAACCAACUCAAGUUUCAAUUCAGUCAUGGCUGCUAGCAUUUCUAAUGAACCAAAUCUAAAACGAGAGAUAAUCAGGAAGUGCAGUUGCCCUUUAACAACUGAGCCACACUGUUAAAUGACACCGGUUCCAAAAAUACACUUUCACAGUGUCACUGCUGUUAUCUUUCACACUUGUAAUCUUCAUAGCUUUCCUGGCAUCUGGGUGUUUGGUCUCAUUGUCAAGAGCAUUAGGUGUUAGGGUUACUUUGCACGUGGCUGCUUAACUGGAAAAGGUGCAGAUGGAAGCGUCUUUGUUUCCCUGAAAAAGCGCUAUAUAAAAACCGUGAAAAGUGCUAGGCUAUAUAAAAACCAUGUAUCAUUCAGAUGUCAGCAAAUGCUUCAGUCAUUUUUCCCUUUUUAAAUUGAAGGGUUAUUAAUCAUGUUGGAUGUGUAAAAUAAAAGUGUUUA